UUGGUCGCUCACUCGAGAAUGAGAAGGAGAGCUCGCGGGUACCAAAUAGCUCCGUCAACGGAGGAGGAAGCAACAGAGAUUAUUACAAAGGAGGAAACGCUUCAUCCGAACUACCCUUUUCUCCUGUCUUCAUAUGGUCUCAAGUCCUUUGAUUCCCACGAAGACUCCCUCUCAGUCUCAGUCUCACACCUCGAUUACGACGAGGAUCAAUUCCCUCUCAGUCUCACCAUCAACACGGACUUGCUUGUCGACGCCAAAGACGUUUAUAUCGGAGAACUGAUCGGCGUUGGUUCUUCUUCAAAAGUCUACAGAGGAUUGUUGAGGAAAGUGAACCCUGUCUCAGUGAAGAUAUUCCAGCCUGAAAGAGCAUCUUCUGUUACCAUUGAGCAGAAGAAGAAGUUUCAAAGGGAGGUUCUCUUGCUCUCCAAGAUUAAACAUGAAAACAUUGUCCAGUUUAUUGGGGCCUGCAUAGAACCAAAGCUGAUGAUAAUUACUGAACUCAUGGAAGGCAAUACUCUUCACAAGUUUAUGUUGACUACUCGUCCAAACCCUCUUGAUCUCAACCUCUCCAUUAGCUUUGCCUUGGAUAUCUCUCGUGGAAUGGAGUUCUUGAAUGCAAAUGCCAUCAUUCACCGUGAUUUGAAACCUAGGAAUAUGCUGUUGACAAAGGAUCAGAAACAUGUAAAGCUGGCUGAUUUUGGGCUUGCUAGAGAGGAAAUUAAAGGUUUCAUGACCUGUGAAGCUGGUACUUAUAGAUGGAUGGCUCCUGAGUUAUUCAGCUGCGAGGCGCUUGAAAAUGGGGAAAAGAAAAACUAUGAUCAUAAGGUGGAUGUUUACAGUUUCGCUAUUGUCUUUUGGGAGUUGCUUACCAACAAAACCCCAUUCAAAGGAAAGAACAACAUCUUUGUUGCUUAUGCUGCCAGUCAAAAUCAGAGACCAAGUCUGGAUAAUCUUCCUGCAGGAGUUGGUUCUCUCCUUGAAGCAUGCUGGGCACCGGAUCCCAAAGCUCGUCCUGAGUUCAAAGAGAUUUCAGUUUCACUAGAAAAUUUGCGUAGAGACUUAUGCUCAGAUGAUGAUGAUGAUGCUUCACCAAAUGGUAAUGCCAAUGUAGCUACCGAGGAUCCAACAAGCAAGCUGGUUCAGGAACGUGCUGUCUCCGACUGUCCCGGACUGAAGAUGAAGAAGAAAAAGAGAAAUAAAGUGCUGAACAUGAUGGUGGUUCCGUUUCUUAACAUGUUCAGAAAGUGUUUGUCCAAGUGAUGAAAGUAGGCAACAAUACUAUACGAACUUGAUCAUAGGGUAAAAAAGAAUUUUCAUUUUUUUUGUUGUUUUAUGCUUUAGCUAGAAGCUUUAUGUAUUAAGCUACAACACUGCAAGCUUUCACUAUAAUAAGAUUACUUAAA